AUGACUCUCACCCGUCAAGUGAGCGACACCUGCCUGCAAAUGCACUUCAAGCCCAAAUGCCAGAUCUCGAUCGACGACGAUCUUGUGCAAGAGGAUGACGAACUCAACAUGUUCGAUGACGAUUUGUCCUGGAUGCCAGCAGUGCACAGCAAGUCGGAGAAGAAGAAGGAGGACGAAACUCAGUUCGCUCCUCCUCAGCACUUCCAGAGAAGGCCAAGAUCCAUCCCGCAAGCUGCGCCUCUGCUUGCAGAGGAACAGAGCAACCGAGCAGCUUCUGGACGAAUGUCGCCGAUUAUGAGGCACCGAAUGCGAAAGAUGUUCGCAGAGGAGUUCGGGGCACUGACAAGGUCCACCUCUGACAGCAUGCUGAGUACCAAUAGCGAAAUGUUCCGACGAUCACGGAACCGACAGAUAGGACAGGAGAUUUCCACCUCUGAGGAAGCGAAACCAGCGCCGAGCCUUAACCGGAAGUCUACAUACUCGUGGGAAGACCAGGAUAGCUUUGAAGGUCUAGCGGAAGCAGGUCAGCGGAAGCAUUCAGGAGGAGCUAAGAGAGACGAGGAGAUAGGCAGAGAGCAACAAGAAGUAGACGUGCAGAAAACAACAAGAAGUAGACGGAAGAGAGGAAAGAAUGGAAACAGCAUCUUACCCAUCUUGUUCUGGCUGGCCCCCACAUCUCCCCUUGUCCUGCGUGUGCUGCAGAAGUUUGUAACCCUUGCGGUCGAGAAGCUUCCGAGCAAGGGUAUCCUGACAGGCAUGUCAGAGGAGCAGGAGCAGGAGCAGGAGCAGCAAGAGGAGAAGGAGCAGGAGCAGGAGCAGCAAGAGGAGCAGGAGCAGCAGGAGGGCAUCGAAGUCGAGCAGGGACAUCUCGGCAAAGUUUGCAAGGAUGCGAUGCUCGGCACAUGCGCUGGAUCUGUGUUGUAUGCUGCUGGUUCAUACCCGAUGAGACGAUGGCAUGAGAAGAAGUUUCUCCGAGAAGAGAGGGGAGAGCUCGGGCGGAGUUGCGACGCGAUCGGAGACGAUGCCGGGGACAAGGACGAGGACGAGGACGAGGACGAGGACGAGGACGAGGACGAGGACGAGGACAAGGACGAGGACGAGGACAAGGACGAGGACAAGGACAAGGACAAGGACAAGGACGAGGACAAGGACAAGGACAAGGACAAGGACAAGGACAAGGACGAGGACAAGGACAAGGACAAGGACAAGGACAAGGACAAGGACGAGGAUGGUCGAAGAGCAAGAGAACGAAGAAGUAGUGAUGGUCGUGAAGGAGUAGUGGAAUAG